UCUGGUGGUGGCUUUUUUUUUUCCCCUCUUAGUCCUUAUCAGGUUUACUUGUCCUAUUCUUAAUCUUAUCAGCCGCAUUUCCACUGCCUAGACUGUCAAAGGAACACCAAGUGCUGCAGAUAAAAUGCUGGAGGUGUAAAAAGCUCCUGCUCAGAAGCUAAAUCAGAAUCACAUGUCAACACAGUUCAGGGUCAGGCUCUGGCAGGAUGGUAGGAUCAUUGUUUUUAAUGCCAUUUACUAAUUAAUAAUGAGUCCCAGAUUACGGAAAGUCUGGAAUGAAGCGGCUUACUAAAGUAGUGAUUUAGCUCUUUGAACCAGCUACACCAGAGUCUGUCAUUAAACUGGAAUUUAUUUGAAUAUUGCUCAGCAAUUUCCAAAUGCUCUUCUGACAAGAGGCGGCGUGGUUUAUGUUUCACACAAUCAUCCCCCCCUGUUUCGGCCAGAGCUCCUUAUACCCCCGCUGGAAACGCAUGGCAGGACUGCGGCAGGUGUAUUUUAUUCGGCAGAUGUACUGUAAACGCAUUACAGCAGAUCAGCUGGAUUUCUUCCUUUAAAUGUAUACUGUGAGAUCCAACUUGCAAGCCAGCUGUUUCUUAUCGGCCGGUGUAAUCUUCCCGAGCCCGGCUUUGCCUCUUCCUCUCGCAGCUAUUUCUGUAACGGGAUCGGACGAGCGAGAGCGCCGCUAUGAAUUUUAAUGCUUCCACUGGGGAAUCCCUGCCGCCUCCUCCUUUUGGAUGAGAUCCUCGAGGAAAGACCCAGAACAGAGCGAGUGGGGAGGAGGAGGAGGCAGAGGAGGAGGAGGAGGAGUGGGACGGCGUAGCCGCGGUACUGGGGAGAGCGGGAAGGGGGAGGCGCGGGGGGUAGUUCGGGACCGCGGCGAGCCCGGCACCGAGGCGGGCACUGGGAGCCAUGGGGAAGGAAGGAUGGCUCGGGGCGUGUGUCGCUGCCUGACCGCGGCACGUCACCAGCGGCAGCAGCCACAGCAACGCGGUCCCGCCGCCGCCCCCGCACACAUGAGCCCGCCGGCAUCCCCCGGGGCCGGCCGCGACCUGGGCAGCGCCGAGGGCAUCCCGCUGGGUCCGGGCGGGAGACGGAGCCCGCGGACCGGGCGCUGACACCGCCUCGCUCUCCGCACGCCGCGGUCCGAGAGGAGGAGCCCCGGGUGUCGUGCCUGCCGCCGGCACCGCCGCCGCUCCCGCCGGCACCCCAUGGAUAAGGCGGGCUCGCUGCACAGCUCGGUGCCCGGGCCGCCGCCCCGGCUCUACCUGCCGCGCAACUUCAGCUGCAGCGCCUGCCUCUAUGGCAGCCUGGCCGAGCAGUGCCGGGCGGGCUGCAGCCCCGACGGCGACGCCGCGCCCACGCCGGUGGUGCGGGAAGCGGCGGGCGAGAAGCCGGCGCCGAGCCGCGGGCGGGAGCCCACGCUGCCCGCCGUGCCCCCCAGCCCCACGCAGCGCCGCCGCGCCAAGUCGCUGCCCACGCCCGGCGACCGCAGCCUGCGCCCCGCGCUGCAGCAGAGCCCGUCGCGCCGCAAGACCGUGCGCUUCGCCGACUCGCUGGGGCUGGAGCUCACCUCCGUGCACCUCUUCUGCGAGGCCGACCUGCCGCGGGUGCCGCUGCCCGCGCCGCCCACGCCGCGCCCCGCCGACCUCCUCAAGACCAGGAAGCCGCCGGCGCUGGGCGACCUGGAGCCGGUGCUGUUCGGGCCGCCGCCGCCGCUGCUGGAGCCGCUGUUCCCCCCGCAGCCCGGCGCCAGCCCCGGCUUCACGGAGCGGGUGCGGCAGCACAAGGUGAGGCUGGAGUGGGUGCGGGCAGAGCCGGCGGGGCUGCGCGGGGCCGUGCGCGUCCUCAACCUGGCCUACGAGAAGGUCGUGUCGGUGCGCUACACGCUCAAUGGCUGGGCCAGCUGCGCCGAGGCCGCCGCCACCUACCAGCCGCCCGGGCCGGCCGACGGCAUCACCGACCGCUUCGCCUUCCUGCUGCCCCUGGGCGCCGCCGCCGCCGCCGCCGAGACCAUGCUGGAGUUCGCCGUCCGGUACCGCGUCGCUGGCGCCGAGUACUGGGACAACAACGAGGGCAAGAACUACCGGCUGCGGGGCCGGCAGCGCGUCCCGCCCGCCGCAGGGCCCCCGCAGGACCCCGACAGCUCCGCCUGGAUCCACUUCAUCUGACCCGGGGGGCGCGGAGCCAGCCCAGGGCCGGGGGCACCCUCCCCGCAGGAGCCUCCCGGAGUUUUCCCGAGUUCUGUUUACAGAGGGGUAAUUUGUGUUUUCUGUGUCACUGGCGGGGCUGGGGGGAACCCUGGCUCGCCUCCCAGGCGGGGUGUGGGCAGGGAGGCCGGGAGCGGGUUCCCCUCAGUGUCCCGAGCGCUGCGGCUUCCACCAAAGCUGUGGCUGCCGGCCGGGCUCCGGGGGCAGGGGCCGGGAAUGUGCGGGAUUUGCCGGCCAGGACCGGGAUCCGCAGGUGAGGGCACAUCCUCCCGGCCCCGGAGGUCAGGCUGAGCUGCUGUCACCUCAGCAGGUUACACGGAGGGCACCACCACAGGGCAUCCCUCCGUCCUGUUCGCCUAAUCCUGCUCAAGCAAAGCCCGGCUCCAGCGGGGGCUGGAUCAGCGCCUCGCUGACCCUCUCGUGUUAAUUGUCCCGCGGGGUCAAGGGCCUGGCAGGGCGGGAUAAGGGACAGGUUUGUUCCGAACCCAAAAAGACAAAAGUACGGAUGCCCCAAGGCGUAGCUGUGUUUCAUUAUGCAAUGGAAGUGUUCGAUUUAAAGCAAAGAUUUUUUUUUUUUUUAAACUUUUGAACCCUAUUUCGGUUAUUUAAUCAUAGUUAGAAAGAAAAAGAAACAGAUCGCAUCCUAUUUGAAACGCAAUUCACUGAGGGAUUAUUUAAAAGCAGGUGUUUUGGUUUGGAUUUGUGUGGUACGUUGAUGGAAAAGUUUGUCCGGUCUGGUGUUUGUUUCAGUAGGAUUGGUCCCACAAAGCUGCUUGUGUUCAGGUCAGCAGGAAAGCUGUGGAAUUGCACCAAAGGAGCGACAGCAAGAGUUGAAUCCGUAAUUCCAGUCUGCAUCAUGAGCAACACCUUCAUUAUUCCUGUUGACAGUUUAAUUAAAGUAUCAGUGCAGGAGCCUGCUUUCUGAUUUCCUGCUCCAAAUUCUUCACAAUAAUUUCAGUAAGUGAUGCAUUUCACAAAACUGGUGAGGUUUAAUCAGAUAAAGUUCUACCUUGCCAUAUAAAAGUAAAUCAAUCAAAAUUAGAUAGCAUACUGGUUUCUACCUUCAAAGGUAUGUUUUAAAUUAUAUUAGCACUAAACAAAGCAUUUUCCUUUUUAAACAUGCUUUUCAGGAGUUCAGCUGAAUACAGGUUGUGCUGGUGCCAAAUCUGGGUGCUAAUUUUCCAGGAUUGAGGCAUGUGUCUGUUUGCUGGAGAGGGGCCUCUGCAAAUAAAACUUCUGAAAGUGGUAAAACCAUGCCAGUGUGAUUUUCUGGUUGUGAAGGGCUGUAAGAUCAGCCCUUUAGGUUUUGGGUUUUCUGUAGGUUGUUUUGGGAUGAAAUGUGAUAUUUUUUUUUUAACUGCGUUUUUUUUGUUUCUUGAAAGGGUUAAGUGUCCCAAGCAGCUUGAGUAAUGUGUGGAGUAAUGAGUUCUCACAGAACCUUUUGACUCUGGUGAGAAUUGAGAGCAGUUUUUUCUCCUGAGAGUCUGAUUCAGUCAGAAUAAUUAAACUUAUAAAUUCUGGGGGAAAAAAGAGGUUUGGAAAAUCAAUGGGAAAAGAGAAUUUAAUAUAAUUUCUGUACAUUGCUGGUUCUGAUUUAAUGGAAGUAAUAGCAAGACUGCUUUCUAUAGCAUUGGUAGCUUGGUUGUAAUUUCACAGUCAGUGUUCUAAUCCCUGUGUUUUUAAUGAAACCAAACUUAACAGAAAUACACUGUCAGCAUCUACUGAGUAUUUCACAUUUAGUGAACCUUAGCAUAUUAAGGUUCCCACCUUGUAAUACAAUAAUCCUGUAAGUUACUAGAACACAUUUAUCAAGCUAGAAUUGCACAACUAAGAUCUUAAAAUGUUCAUGAUUAAAACAUAUUAAGUGGUGUAUUUGAUAAAGCAGCCCAAGUGUCUUUUAGUUGAACUUUACUUUUUAUAAGAGCCUUAAUACUGGAGAGAAAGAAAAGGACUUGUCUCCAUUUGAAAGCACUUUGAAACCUGGUAGAAAUAUAGCAAACCAUCAUUUAUUUAUGUGUUGUAGCUUUCCAAAGCUUGGCCUUUUUGACUGACAGAGUGAACCAACAGCAGUUAUGUGGACUAAUGAAAGUGCUUGGAGAAAGAAGUAGUUUCUAUGCAUUUUAGAUCAACUGAUGCUGCAACUUUGCUUAUGAAGUUUUAACAGGAUUUCCUGUUAAUUGUUUCAAUGGCUUUAAAAAACACAGGCAGUGCUAAAAAACAUUUUUAACACUGAGCAAUUCUAGAACUCCAAAAUUAUUUUCCAGUGAUUGGCAGUUUUCAUUGUCAUUUGAUUUAUCCAGCGUAUGUAGGUCUCUAAAAAUUCUCCAAAAGUCCCUAAAAAAGUUUUAAAAUCUCCUUCUAGCACCUGUGGUGAACCACUUUCAAUUUGGAUUAUUUAAAUGGAUGUACCUGUAUCAAGUG